GGGUGCUGGCACGGGGCACGACUCAGUCAGUGCCGCGGGCUUGUGUGUGUGACGAGGAGGGGUGCCCACGCCCAGCACACCACCACCACCACCAUGAUGGACCCCCACAUCAAGACCCGGUCGCUGGAGAGGUCCCUACUACCACUCGUAACGGAGAUCAGUACUCUCGUGUCUUCGCCGGGGGAGCGGGGCGGGGCGGGAUGCGACAAAACAGCGAGGGCCCUUCAGCGGGUGGGCCAAGCUGUCAAUGUGGCCGUCGACCGUUUUGUCACCGUGGGGGAGACGAUAGCAGACGACAACCCAGAAAUUAAGGUGGAUAUGUACGAAGCGUGCAAGGAGGCGCGAGCAGCAGGUCUGGCCAUCGAGAAGUUAUGCGAAACAGCGGAAGCGAACUUUGUGGUGGACGGGGGGGUGGGCGGCGGAGGGGGCGGAGGGGGCGGCGGCCGGCCGGAAUACCGCGCCUCCAUGAUCCGCGCCGCCCGCUGCCUGCUGUCCUCCGUCACGCGGGUCCUGCUGCUGGCCGACACGGUGGUGGUGAAGCAGCUCCUACUGGCCAAGGACAAGGUAACCCACAGUCUGUCGCGGCUGGAGAGCGUCACCAACUUUACCGAGUUCGUGAAGGCGUUCAGUCACUUCGGGGCCGAGAUGGUGGAGCUGGCGCACCUCACCGGGGACCGCGCGGCCGACCUCAAGGACGAGAGGAGGCGCGCGCAGAUGGCGGCCGCAAGACAAGUGCUCGACCGCUCCACCAUGAUGCUUCUUACAGCCUCAAAAGUAUGCUUACGUCACCCCGAGUGCCUGACCUCCCGCGAGAACCGAGACACCGUGUUCUGCCAGAUGCGCCGCGCCAUGGACCUCAUUCACUACGUGGUCAAGGACGGCGUGCUGGACUCGGUCAACGCCCACGGGGAGCCGAGAAUAAAUGGACAGUCCCCAGCAGAGUCUCCGGGUUCCCUCAGGACGCGGCAGCCUUCCCUUGGCUACACUCAGGAGGACUGGGACAACAACCACACCAUGUACGGCGCCAUCCGUCACCUCGAGGACUCCGUGGAGAUGACGCGGAUGACGCUCUUCGGGCCCGCUGUGAGAGACCGGCUGUGUCAGGCGGUGGACACGAUAUGCGAAAGGAUGCAGGACUUCACAGAUUCCGCCUACACGUCCCACGAACACCGUGAGAACAUCCUACUGCUCACCGACAGGAUACGCCUUCAGGUCAACCAGCUCCUACGGGUCGGCGUCAACCUGGAGCAGAAGGAGCCACCCUCACCUGGGGACGAGCUUGAGACAGCCAUCAACGCCGUGCUGACCGCCACUCGGGAGAUGAAACACCAGCUCCAGACCACGGCGCUUGUGCAGACCCCCUGGCAUGGCGUCACACAGGCGGAGGAGCUGGUGCGGGGGGCGUGCGAGGAGAGUGAGCUCAUCAGUGCUCUCAAGAACGCCGGCCUCGCCACCGACCAGGAGCGCCUCGACGAGUACGCCGAUCGCUUCCUCGAACACAUUGAACACAUACAAGAGGUGUGCAAGCUCCUACGUCACAUCGCCACCACCGACUCCCUACAAGUGGCCGCCAAGUACGGGGAGAUCAACCUUCGCAUCUACGGCCCACAGGUGGUGACGGCUGCCCAGACACUCUGCCUCUACCCAACCUCAAAGAUCGCAAAGGAGAACGUGGAAGUGUUUGCGGACAUGUGGCUCAACCUGGUGGGGGACGUCAAGAGCCUCACCAAGGACAUCGGCGACCAGAUCACGGCGGAGAACAAGCCGCCGGUCUACGUGUCCCUCCCGCGGCCUGGGGUCCAGCAGGUUGAAUCUGCUUAUCUGACUUCCCCCCAGAAACACGGCACCACCAGCAAGCCUCCCAAGCCCACCAAGCUCGACCAAGAGGAGCAAGCAAAGCUGGCAAAGUCUGGCCUCGACAUGAAGCUUAUAUCCUCAGAGGUGGACCAGGAGACGGAGAAGUGGGAGGAGCGCAUCACCCAGGACGAGGAUAAUGACAUCGUGAAGCGCGCCAAAAAUAUGUCCUCGAUGGCCUUCUCAAUGUAUCAGUUCACGCGGGGGGAGGGCGCCCUCAAGACCACGCAGGACCUCUUCACGCAGGGGGAGUACUUCGCGGAGGAGGCCAACAGGUUAUACAAGGUGGUCAGACAGUUCUCCUACCAGGUGCCUGCUGGUCCCCACAAGAAGGAGCUGAUGGAGCACCUCGACCAGAUCCCAACCUACGUCCAGCAGCUCCAGUUCACCGUCAAAAACCCGACGGUGGGCAAGGCUGCGACCUUCACCAAGGUGGACAAUGUCAUACAGGAGACCAAAAACCUCAUGAACGUUAUAUCAAAGGUGGUGACGACCUGCUUUGUCUGCGCCACCAAGUAUGAGCUGCGUCUCCCCGAGCGCCUGGAACUCCCCUCACUGGAUGACGUCCGCGCCUCUGGGCAGGGCAACACGAUCGGACAGUACAACUUGGACUUCCGAGGCCUCAGCCCUCGAGGACGUGGCAACUCCCCGUACCGGUCCGACGGAGAGGACGUGUCCGGCUCGGGCAACAACUCCGCCACGGGUGGGGGAUCAGGCUCGGAGGGGAACAUGUGACAAUUUGGGAUGGCCCGCCGGGGCAAGGGAGACGCUCGUAGGACGCGCGUCUCCUUCCUCCUCUUCUAAACAGGAGAGCGAGGACCCUGGCGGGCCGCGGGGAACACGGACAGAGAGGCGUCGCAGCCAAGGCCAGUCUGGGGCGGCAACAACUCCUUCCUCACUGCCAUCUUGUGGAGCAUUUAAACAUCUUUCUCACAGGUGCAUAGAAACCAUGUAUAGCCUUACUGACAUGGGCUAUGCACCUGUAAGCUGUAGCCUCGGGUCGCUGGUCACACGGCUCCUUGGACAGUGUGACGGCUGCUUCUACAUCUUUUUCAAGGUGUUGAGGCUGAUCCUGAUGGCUGCAGCUUAAGGUCUCCUGGGAGGCAUUCUCAGUGUAACAUUUCUGAUGCAUUACACAGAUUGUUCUACUUUGACAUGGAGGGCUAUGAACUAGUCUUACAGUUCCUUCAUAUUACAAUCUUGUAAACAAAGAACUUGUGCACUAUGAAGGCCGUCCAGCGAGCCAUUCCCAAGGCGAGCAGCAGAGGCGCAGCGCCCCUCUCGCUGCCGCCAGGAGUGUUGCCAAACUUGCUCCCCCCAGCACAGAGGCGUGGCUGCGUAAGUGUUCAGGGCCACACUUGCUUCCACUCAGGACUGUAAUGUAUUGUAUCUUUUGGUGCUAAAGAGAAAUGCGUCACUGUGUAUCCCGUGACGCACCGUGGCCGUCACAGACUCUACACGGGCCACCUUGAAGGACCUUGAAAAGCACAAAGGAAUAAACUAAAGCAAAGACUUGAGGCUGCUUUGUCAGUCAUCAGUGGUGGCAGCUGUAAUGAUGCUGUUCCUCCUCUUCUGCCUUCAAUCAUCUGUCUGCUUCCUCAUUUUAUCUUGCUUCUUUGUCUCCUCCUCUCCCCUUCAUCUUCCUUCCACUGUAAUAAGCUCCCCACAAGUCUGUGAACGGCCCUGACACCAGCGCUCUCUGUCUGUGUCCCCCCCUUAGGUUUAAGGUUCUAGUCUGAAAAGAAGCAAAAUUGGUGUUAGGACGUCAUUAGACUCAGGUUAUAAAAGACUUCUUUGAGGCCGCAGUGUCUGCCUAUCCAUGCAAGCAAAAAUGUUAGGAAAACAGCAGGAGUCAGUCCUGAGCACUCUGGGAUCAAUGCCAAGUUCUCCCGGCCACCGCCAACCUAAAUUGUGACGGGUGGUGGCCAAGAUGGGUUGUGCUCAUCUAGUUUUCUCAAAGGGGAAAGUGACAAUGGUUCAGUUUGAGGACUACAUAAAGAACACUUGCUACACCCACUGCAGUGCUAGACACUUUUAAAGACAGUAUUGGCAGCAUUUUGUAACACUCAAUUAUUUAUGGUUCACUCCUGUGGGACUUCACAUCCGGACUUAUUUUGCCAGUAUGUGGCAGGAGGCACAGCUUCCCUUACAACACACACACACACGCACACACCACUCUGAGAGCUCAGUCGGUUAAAGUACUGCACUGCCAGGCUUCGCGGCAAGGCAGGCAGAGGUUCGAGCCCCGCUCAGGCCUGGUUUUAUCCACUGACUAGGAGUGGUUGCUGUCCCCCCUUGAGCAAGGGGGACGGGGUGUGUGGUGUGUGAAGUCCUGGCAGUACCCAGAGAUCGACUAAUGAGCCUUGCUCUAAUCGGGAGGGUACUUGCUGGCGAUCGCGAGUCCAACUCGUGAUCAGGCCGUGGUGAAAUACACACACACAGACACACACACACAAUUAUUCUCACUUUUCCUUGUAAUACUGGUCUGCAGUGAAACAACUAACACAGUGAUAGCUCAGCUGUGUGUGUGGAGGUGUCGCACACGUCCACACCACUCACCACCCAGCAGAGCCAGAGAACAGAAUCACUGUGUUGUAAGGAGAACACCGCCCCUCCAGGCUCACUCUCCUCCCAGAACUCUCCCCUUCAGUCUGCGCUGUGAACGGCUGCACCGUGAUCAAACACAACCAUUGUCUAGUUUUACAUAUCACAGUAUUUCUUCAGGUUUGUUUACCACCGAGUAUUAUUUGGUGAAGACCAAUCGCGUUUUGACAUGGCAAAGUCAAUGAAAUAUCCCUUGACAUGGACUGCCCUUAAAGAAUAUAUUUUUGAGCUGCAUUAGUGUGUGCUUAUAGAUUUAAUCUUUACUUUUGUAUGUGACACAAGGCAAAAAAUGCUCCCUCGAUAAGCUGUUACCUUGUAUUCUGUUGCUUGCUUCUCAUUCCAAGGCUUAUUACGCCAUCUUGAUAAAUAAAACUUAUUUGCUCAAAAUAUUCAAUAAAUUCAAGUAUUGUUGGAAGGGUCUGCUCUCAUCUGUGGCGGGCAGCAGGAACAGGCCGGGGAGGAGCCAGACCCACACAGCAUCAGAUGACUGCUAAUCAGAUUUCCUGGCGAAGACGUUUGUUCCCGUAGCUACAACCCUUCCAAGAUAUAUAAGUGAAUCCAUAGUUGAUAUAUUGUUGUUGUAGGUGAGAUUUUUUCAGGGUAAUAUAUGACUAGCCGAGUCACUAUAUUUGUUGAUAUUCUUUAGGGAUGUGUACAAAAUAUAUGUACAUUAAUUUAACUGUUGCUGCUGACUAGCCAUUCCAUUAAAGACAGGGUUACACUGUAAAACCUUAUUAAUUUGGGCCUCCCCGACGAUCAACUUUGUACAAAGACGUCACAAAAACUGGAAACCGAUUCCUUUUUUAGUCUUACAAAAAGCAUCGGAGGACGGCGAGGCCCCAGCGCUGCACGCCGGCCUCCACACCACCUCAACCAAGGACUGUCUGGCGCGGCCCUCCAGGAGUGAGGCGCAGGCGUGUACAAGUUACUGAAGCGAGAGUGUGAGUUGCUCGAGGCCAAAUUAACAAGGUUCCUAAUGUACUGUGUUGCAGAUUGUUGAGUCCUCACACUCCCACUGAAGUGUCGUUCUGUGAUAACGAGUGAUGGAACAACCUAGCCUAGGUAGUGAACAUUUAUUAUGACUCCACCUGAGUGAAAGCAUAAUCUUUUCAUACAGACAGUCAAGACUCCUGAGGAUAAGCCAGGACAUAAUUAACAUAUAUUUAAUUUUAGUGAGGAAUUGUGGACACCUAAGUAAUGUUAUUAUAUACUACCAAUUCUGUUUGUGUUUCUAGAAAUAAUUACAUCAUCAAGUGAGAUGCAAAAUGAGUUGAGGUCCAGCAAAUAACCCGACCUCCUGGAGGCAGUGCUUCAGGCCGUGGCAGAGGUCCGGCCUGAGGCGUGGCAAGUUACCUGCCACACUCCUGGCCAACUCUUUGGUCUGAUCAGUGGAGUGAAGGUUGAUGUUCAGGCUUCCCGGAGUAAUUUAUCUUUGUUGAAAUGUUCAAACUAUGUUCAAGCCAAAUCAUUCCAAUGCUGCCCUCAUGUCGACUGUAUCAAUUUAAUUUAAAAAUCAAAUUUCAGUUUUCUUAUGGAAAAUUUGUUAAGUGCAGGAAAAUUCCAGCAAACAAACAAUUCCACGCGUCUUUAGUUCAUCAAUGAGCCUUGGUUGGGUGGACUGAGUAAUGUGUCUCCUGGCAUGACUCGCGCCAGCCGUGGGAUGUGAUGCAUUACUGUGAUCACAAUGAUGGAUGGUGUCUAAAACGUUGCAUCUGCCAAGCUGAUGAUUCAGAUUUUUAUCUUAACAUUUAUACAAAAAGGCUGCAAGCCACAAACUCCUGCAGGGGUACAGGCCGAGACUGUUCCCUGAUGAUGCUCAGAAUGGUGAAGCAGGCUGCUGCCGUGCGCCGCCGGAGGCUGGCCGGGUGGGAAACGUGUACGUUGAAAAUGGAGAUUAAUUAAUCAUUAUUGCAAUUUUGUGAAGUAUGAUGCAAUAUGAGUAAUGAGUUGACUUAUUUCACUGUGUAUUUAGGCACUAAUUACAUACAGCAAUACUUUAAAUAUAAUUAUCAUAUGCAUUGUUUUCUUCAGGGAAGAAGAAGCUGUUAACAGGAGUUUUAUCAUUUGUUGACUGUUUGUAAUAUAGGCAGUAUUUAUGCGAGAGGUUAUAUGCAUUAAAAUAUUCUUGCUACAGAGGCUAGGUAGCAGGAGGUGAUCUGUACACUGCAGUGACCUACGAGUCUGCUGGCGCGGAGCCGGGCAGCGGAAAUAGCUCACCACUGUGUGUUCAUUCAUACCUCAUGCCAUAAUGUGCAUUACGCUGAUGGUGUCACUGCAGUCAAGAGGGUUUGUGGUGUGCACACGACACACAUUUCAUCACGUCUCCAAACGCUUGUGAAGACCAGAACUCUAAGGCUUCUCCUCCCAUGCAGAAAACCUCAAAGAACUGAGAAGCAAGUCACUAAAGACAUCUAUGGUAAUGCUAACAACUCCUCCCUUCAGGAUGCACACUAACGCUCCUUUCCUUACUUCCUGCUGAAAAACGGUAUUGUUACAUUGGCUGAAUGGAAAGUACUUAAUAUUGCUGUUAUAAUCAAAGCAUCUCCUCGUGGAGUGGAAACAACGCAUGAAAAGCAGAGUUUGACGGAAAAAGUGCAGCUGUUACAAUCAAACCACGAGACUAUUACGUCAAAAUGCCUUUGUAUGAAAAGCUCUGUGGGAGGCUGAUUGUACAUGUGCUCCUAUCGUUCUCUGAAGCCAGUCUAGCAGCCGAGUGGGCGCCGCGGGAUGAGGUGAUGCCCCCGAGGCGGCGGCCCUAACCUAACUCGAGAGAGAAUCAAACAAAGAGUCCUCCGUUGGCCUCCCGUUCACCCUUCCAGUCCCCGCGAUGUAAAUCUUCCAUGCGUCAGUUAUCUGUUCACUGAUUGUUGUUGAUUUAGAAUAUUACUUGUUAGCCACUCCGGCCCCUUGCCCUCGGUACUACUCCAGCAAGCAUCGUCUUCAAAUACUCAAAACAGCAAUACCUAAUUAUUUCAUAUUGUUGAAUCAUAGUUAUAUUUUCUUAGGGAUAAUUCAAACAUCAUUUCAAGAAGAAAGUAAAGACUAGAAUAAUUGUGCAUCCCUUGAGUGCAGCAAAGUGAGCAAAAUGUCUAGUUAUUAUUUUUUGUCAUAGCUAUCAAUUAAGUUUGAUAACCAGUCACACCUUUCAGGUUGACAACUGGGUGCAAUAUAUAGUAUUACAUGGAAUUUGUUACCUCAUUAGUGGUAGGAAUCAGUACAUGGUUAAAAAGACAAAAAUAUUAGGCACUAAAUAGUUUUUUCAACCUCAAGUGGUGGCCAAGAAUUCUACUCUGCCAUGUCUGUGUUUGUCAUGUGCUUGUGAGAGAGUGAUGUGUGUUGCUGCACUGUUGCAUGAACAUAGGAAAUGAGGCUACUCUUCUGACACGUUUUAUCACUAAAAUCUCACCAAAUUUUUCACUUGCGUAACUUUUCCCUGAGUUGCUGUACAGCGCGCUUGCCUAGACCCCAGCGAGCACUGUCGUGUGCGCCGUGACGCCCACCAGAUGGGAACACUCUUGUUCGGGCAAUACUCUCCCACCUGAAAAAAGUUUACUCUUUAUUUUGAGGGAAUAGAAAAUCAAAAUACAUUUGUUUACAGUUUUGUGCUCAAAGUGCAAUAGGUUUUCUGUGUCUUAGUAAAGAAAUAUGUUUUGUAUGAAAAUUAUAUUUUUAUUACCAGAUUUUGUGUGGAAUUAAUGCUAUAUAAAUGACGGUUUUGCCUGAGCAAAAGUGGUUACACUAAAUGGCUGGUUAUGUCUUUGUGUUGGUGACGAGCCAAAAUGCACCGUUGGAAAUGUCAGCAAAUUCCAGCUCACUCGUGGCCAAGGGAACACUAGGCCCACAGUUGUUGUUUCAGUAUUUACCAAACUAAAUUGAAUUAAUGUAUUUGAAGUGUAGGUUUAUUUCAGGCACACAGAAUAUGUAUAAUGUGGCCCGAGGACUCACCCCAGGGAAAGUGUCUAGAAUCUGGCAUCUUCCUCUAGUGGGGUAAAUUUGGCUUCCCUGGGGUAAGUCUUUGAGCCUGUGUCGUGUGGUGUCUGGGGGGCGGCGUGGCGAGGCGCUCGCCACUCGCUCCCUCAGUUUUCAUAGUGUGUCUCAGUGUGUGUGCUGCCGCCAAGCACUCGUCUCCGGUAUUGUUGAGCUGUGUCCGCUUCUGUGCAAGGUGGUGACCGCCCCAGUGUACCAAUCCUCCAACACCACCUCCACCUCCACCAUCACCACCAACACCAUCGGAGAGGAACGGUGACUUCCAAAACCUAAUUUAAAAUCAAGCAUCGGGCAGAUUAUGGCGUUCCCUUUUUUUGACACUUUGUGAUUAUCAUCAUAUCAAAAGAAAGCUGACUGACCCUUCCAGUCAUAGAUCUAUUUUGACCUUUUCCCGAGACCUUCCCUUCCUAAUGAGUGGUUCCCUCGUAAGUUAUGUAAGAUAUUAUUAUCCAUACUUUAAUUUAUACUUUCUGACGAUGGUAUGCACUGGCCCUUCUGGGAAAGACACUUUGUGGAAGGAACAAACAGGCCGAGAAGCUGCCUUCCCUCCCCUGCAAGGCCUGAAAUGUUUUCUGAACUUUGUGAAGAAAGUGAACAAUGUCUACCACGUGAGCUUGUUUGUUCCAACCCCCCCCCCCCCCCCCCUGUCCUUCCCAAGACCCAACUGUCCACUGUUACCAUAAAGUUUCUGCAAAGAAGUGACCUUCUUGUGUAUGCGAUUCACUAAAUUUGGGGCAAUAAAAAUUACUUAGCGAAUGUAAAGACUUAAAUCCAUUCAAAUGUUUUAAAAGUUGGCCUGGCAUAUAUUACCAAAACUAACAAGUCAAAUAUAUUCUACUUUUCCUACUGGCUAUAGUAUAUACAGCACCAAAUUAAAUUGCUGUUAACUCUCAUUUACAGCAUACAAUACACAUAUUACUUUGCCAUCACUACUGUUCAGAUUUUCUUUCCCUCUUUUUUCCCUACUUCCCUGAGCACAUGUGGCCACCCUCCAUGACAAUAAUGAUCCACGCACCAGAAGGUCACGUCUUGUGCACACACCCCAGCUGUCGGACAGUUCAUUCAUUGUUGAGGCUGCAGUGUAAAUCUGGCGAGAAAAUCCCCCACCCGCCAAGUACCAUUAUUGUGUAUAAACAUAUUUGUUCAGCCGCUCCCUGGAUGUAAAUAGAGCUUGUUCACAUUAUAAACAGUAUUUCAUAUGUUCAUUAAAACGUGAGGUUAUAAUAAAACAUGAAAGAUA